AUGGCCCCUGCGUCGCCCGUCUCGGUCGCGGCGCCCGCGCUCCGCGGCGCCCACGCGGCCAUGCUCUCGGACCUCAUGGGCACGCCCCGCAGCGGCCUGCCCCACCGCCUCGUCGCGCGCUCCGGCCGGCCGCUCGACGUGCUGCCGUUCCUCGACGCCAUCCUGGCUGACGACGACAUGGCCGCCGCAUCGCCAGCGCCAAGAACCGCGUGACCGGCGCGCUUGCUAUUUUAUUGUACGACCUGGUACAUAUUUAUCCGCCUCGACCGUCGUCUGCUAACAUUAAUGUCCAUUCGUGUGU